UCUGGGUUAUAAAAUCAGUGCUGCCUAACAAAAGUAUCUCAAUUUCAAACCAAGGCUAAAACGUCAUCCAUGGAGUCGCAGCAGUCAGCUGGUAGCAACAUGGAUAAUGGUUAUGUCUCAGGUGACAACGAAGCACAGAUGUUAAGUUCCGGCGCAAAGCGUGGUGGUUGGAUUACCUUUUUCUUUGUUUCAGCAACUCUGACGGGGUUGAUGAUAGCUGGUUGGGGAUGGCUGACGAAUCUGAUCGUGUAUUUGAUCGAGGAAUUCAACGUUGAGAGCAUUGACGCUACUCAGAUAGCCAAUGUGGUCAACGGCUCCAUCAAUAUGAUUCCGAUCAUUGGAGCAGUCCUUGCUGACUCUUUCCUUGGCUCUUUCCAUGUUGUUUCAAUUUCUUCAGGUUUCUCUUUGCUGGGAAUGGUUCUUCUAACCUUAACAGCAACACUCAGCUCCUUGAGACCUCAACAAUGUGAAACGGGAUCAAGCUUUUGCCAUGGUCCAUCAAAACUUCAAUCAGCCUCUUUAUAUGCGGGUAUAACCAUGGCAUCUAUAGGCCUGGGGGUGGUACGGUUUACUCUAGCAACAUUAGGAGCUAAUCAGUUUGAUAACCCUAAGGAUCAAGGGAUUUUCUUUAACUGGUUCUUCUUUACCUUUUACGCCGCCUGUGUUAUAAGUUCUUUAGUCAUCGUCUAUGUUCAGGAUAGUAUUAGCUGGGGAUUGGGAUUUGGCCUCUGCGCUGCUGCUAAUUUUAUUGGUUUGAUCAUUUUUCUCCUGGGAAAGCGUUUCUACCGACAUGACAAGCCACAAGGAAGCCCUUUUACGAGUCUAGCUCGUGUGAUUGUUGCUGCUGUACAAAAGAGGAACAUCUUGCUUUCAUCCGAAAGUAAGGAUUAUUACCAUGAGCAAGAUGGAACAAGUAAGACCGUGGCUACAACGCCUAAACGGAGCUUCAGGUUCUUGAACCGUGCUGCACUGAAAACUGAAGGAGACAUCCAUUCAGAUGGAUCGAUUGCGAAGUCAUGGAGAAUAUGCACAGUCCAACAAGUGGAAGACCUGAAAACUCUAAUCAGAAUCUUCCCUGUAUGGGCAAGCACAGUAUUUUUAGCCACCCCUAUCGCAAUCCAGACCAACAUGACAGUUCUUCAAGCUCUAGCAAUGGACCGUCACCUUGGGCCCAAUUUCAAGAUCCCAGCUGGAUCCAUCGUAGUCGUGGUCCUAAUCUCCACAGCCAUCUUCAUUGCCUUGUUGGAUCGGUUUCUGUUCCCCACCUGUCAGAAACUGACUGGCCGGUCCAUAACCCCCCUGCAACGAAUCGGAAUAGGCCAUGUGUUCAACAUAAUAAGCAUGGCAAUAUCAGCCCUGGUGGAGUCAAGAAGGCUAAAGAUAGCCCAUGAUCACCACCUCCAGGAACAGCAGGGUGCCGUAGUGCCUAUGCUGUCCCUGUGGCUGUUUCCACAACUAGUUAUCGUUGGGAUUGGAGAAGCAUUUCAUUUUCCAGGAAACGUUUCAUUGUACUAUCAGGAAUUCCCUGUCUCGAUGAAAAGCACCGCAACUGCCAUGAUUUCUAUCGUCGUUGGUAUUGCUUUCUAUGUGAGCACAGCUCUGGUUGAUCUGAUCAGGAAUGUUACAAGAUGGUUACCAGCUGACAUAAACGAUGGGAGGCUAGACAAUUUGUAUUGGACCUUUGUUGUGCUGGGGUUACUGAAUUUUGGUUAUUAUUUGGUUUGUGCUAAGCUUUACAAAUAUCAAAAUCCGGAAGAGGAAGUGGAAAGAGCGUAAACCGGUGGACUUCCUAUACACGAGCGGCACGGGUACAAAGGAAGAUAAAUGUG